UUGUAUUUUCUUUGUGUUUCUCCCUUUAGCGUCGUUUUACAUAAAGAAAGUAACACGUUAUCUUAGAAAUGCACGAAUUUGUAGACUUUUAUUGACCGCGGGUCAUCACUAAGCAACGGAGCUGUCUAUACGUGUCUGUAUAUACCUGGUUUGAUGAUGGGCGAAUGGAUUAUUUUGCAUAGAGUUUGUUAACCCCGGCCAGAAUGCUAGCGUGUUAGCAGCUUCUAGGCACUACUGUAAGCUGAGCAGAACGACGCAGCUGCAGGAUCAGACAAUUUUAACAAACCGACUAAUCGUUGUUUAUCUACCAGCGCUAACCAAAACGGAGAAAAUGCACCGAACACGCGAAUCCACCUCAUGAUCUCUGCAAUAGAGAUCUUCUUCAGGAGUUGGAAUGGACGAGCAGAAAUCAAACUGCGAAGAAAAUGAUUCAGAAACUGCAGCUGAUGAUGGGACCCCUGCAAAGGAGAGCGUCCAAGUUGAAGGGGAUCUGAGUGUCCCUGUUGCUGCAGAGGACAUCUCAGGCACUACUGUGGACACUUCCUGCUCAUCAUUGGAGAUUGUCAGGGCCUGUGCUCUGUGUAACUGUGUGGAGCGUAGUCUGCAUGGUCAACGGGAGCUCCGGUGGUUUGGACCCUCUUCUGAUCAGCCCAGCUUGGAGCCCUCUGUCUCCUCUCUGCCAGCAGCUGGAAACGAUGACCUGUCUUCCAUUGGAUUCUCUGAAUCCACCUGUCUGGCAUCUUUCUUUGAUGACACAGGGAGCUGCUGGGUUCACCACUGGUGUGCCGUGUGGUCAGAGGGAGUGAAACAGACUGAGGGUGAGGUGCUGAUAAACGUGGAUAAGGCAGUCAUCUCAGGGAUACAGCGGCCAUGUGAUUAUUGUAAAAGGAUGGGCGCUACCAUCCAAUGCCGGGCCGAAGGCUGCUCACGGUUCUACCACUUCCCCUGCUCGGCUGCGAGUGGAUCAUUCCAGUCCAUGAAGCAGCUGGCGCUCCUCUGUCCAGAGCACAUAGACAAGGCAGAGGAGAUUGCCGGAGAGGAGGCACGGUGCGCAGUGUGCGACUCUGUUGGGGACCUGUCGGGUUUGCUAUACUGUACGGGCUGUGGGCAGCACUAUCAUGACGCCUGUCUAGAAAUCAGCGCUACACCACUUCAGCGGUCAGGCUGGCAGUGUCCCGAGUGCAAAGUUUGCCAGACCUGCAGGCAACCAGGAGAAGAUUCAAAGAUGCUGGUUUGCGAUGCAUGUGACAAGGGCUACCACACCUUCUGUCUACUGCCAGCCAUGGACUCUGUGCCCCCUGAUUCAUGGAAGUGCAAACGGUGUCGUGUUUGUAUUGACUGUGGCAUGCGAGGGAUGAAGCUUCCUGGCUCUGAACAGUGGUUUGAGAGCUACACAGUAUGCGAUGGCUGCCAGCGCAGGCGCACCUCUGUCUGCGGUGUGUGCAGUAAAGCUGUGGAGCCUUCGGCCUCCCUCCAACAUUGCUGUGCCAUCUGCCACAGAUGGGUACACAGAGAUUGUGCUUCUCUGUCAGGGCCUCCUGAGGAGAAAUGCAUCUGUGUGCUCUGCAAAGAAAUCCCAGAUGAGGUUCCAGUCGAGUCUGAGGUGUCAUCCACAAAUGUAGAUGAGAAAGCGGAUUCAGAGGUGCCAAUGGAAUUGGGGACAGAGCUUGAGGUGGUUGGAAUGGCAGAAGUGAAAGAAAGCAUUAAAGAGGAGGAACUACGGCCAGAAGGUGCUGAGGGCUCCACAGAGACUAAUGUGCACAGUGAGGUCUCUACAGAGCAACAGGCUUCUUUAGCUACGGUUUCAGAUAUGGAUGAAAAACAAAAAGAGGAGGAGAGUACCAGUGAAACAGUGGAUACAGAGGCAGUUGAGGAAAAAUCAACAGACACUCAGGACCCUCCUAUGAAGGAUAGCCCAGAUAGCCCUGUCCCUGACACUGUAGAGGAACCUGAUGUAACCCAACCUGAUUUAUCCCAGAUUCCUAUAGAAAGGCAAGAGUCACAGGGGCAAGACAAGCCUCCUCAAACAGAGACAGAGGUGGACAAGACAGUGGAUUCCACUGAAACAAAGCCUCCGUCAAGCCUGUGUUCUCAAUCUUCUCAAAUCACACUCCCUGUUUUGGAAGAAGCAGAGCCAGUUGCGAUGGACUUGGAGGACAUGGGAUCUGAGACUCAGCAAGGGUCAAUAGACAGGACUCCUCCACAUGCUCCUCAGACAGAAAUGCCCCCUGCAUCUGACACAGAUGACAGAAUGGGCCAGUCUGAGGAUGAGGAAGAGGACGAUGAGCAGGGGUUGGAGGAAUCCUUAGAUGAGUCUCUCCUCAAAGAUGAGAGUCAGGGAGAAGAUGAUCAAUCCAGGAAGGAGAUGCAAGAAGAUAUGAAGCGUGAGCUGGUCCUCGAUGAGACAUCAAACAUAAGCCAUGGUGACGAGAGCAGCAGCGGUUUCCUUGGCUCGCCGGCUGAGGCAGACUCUCAGAUGCUGUCCAUGGAACUCAGCCUGGUGCCAGCUGGCAGGACCCGUUCUGAUUCGCUGCUCACCGAAACUGAGGACUCGUUGCCAUUUGAUCCGCUUAAGCCCGAUGGGGAGAAAGUGAAGCGUAGGGGUUCUCCUGGACGCUCACGGGUAAAGCAGGUGGAUGGCAGAGGCAGUGGUUUCCCAGGGAAACGGCGGCCACGAGGUGGUGGUGGCGGUGGCAGCGGUGGUGGUAGAGGGCGUGGGCGGUCACGUCUCAAAGCAAUGGCCUCUUGUAUUGACGCCUUUAUACUAAGCAUGACUGCAGACACUGGACUUAGCAAAGAAGAAGAGGAGGAGGAAGAUGACACCAUGCAAAAUACUGUGGUACUUUUCUCCAACACUGAUAAGUUUGUCCUGCAGCAGGACAUGUGUGUAGUGUGUGGUAGUUUUGGACAAGGUGUGGAGGGCCAGCUUUUAGCCUGUGCUCAGUGUGCACAGUGUUAUCAUCCAUACUGUGUGAACAGCAAGAUCACCAAGAUGAUGCUUAGAAAAGGCUGGCGUUGUCUUGAGUGCAUUGUGUGCGAGGUGUGUGGGAAGGCUUCAGAUCCUGCCCGAUUGCUGCUUUGUGACGACUGUGAUGUCAGCUAUCACACUUAUUGCUUGGAUCCACCCUUACAGACUGUGCCUAAGGGAGGCUGGAAGUGCAAAUGGUGUGUGUGCUGUAUGCAGUGUGGUGCUAGCUCCCCUGGGUUCCACUGUGAGUGGCAAAAUAACUACAAUCACUGCGGCCCUUGCGCCAGCCUGGUAACAUGUCCUGUGUGUCGUGAGAACUUCAUGGAGGAGGAGCUGCUUCUGCAGUGUCAGCACUGUGACAGAUGGGUUCAUGCUGUAUGUGAGAGUCUUUACACUGAGGAUGAGGUUGAACAAGCAUCUGAUGAAGGCUUUGCCUGUACAGCCUGCACUCCAUAUGUUCCCAGGCCUAUUGUGGAGUCUCCUAUGAUGUCCGUUUUCAAAAUGAAAGAUCCCGAGCCUCAGUUUUAUCGUCUGGAGGGUGUCUGGCUGACAGAGACCGGCAUGUCUUUAUUGCGAAGCAUCUCCAUGUCACCCCUGCACAAGCGCAGGCAGCGCCGGUCCCGACUGGGCACCAUGUGUAUAGAUGAGCUGAAAGAAGGUGAUGCAGAUGGUGAAGAGGGGAAAGGAGGUGCAGAAGCGAUGGAAUGUGAGCCCAAGCUGGAAGCACCUGGAAGCCCAGACAGGGAUGGAGUGGACAGAGAAACUGGGACAGAUGGGGGUAUAGAGGGCAUGGCUGACUGUGAAAAUCUCAAAGGAGGGGUAGAAGAGACUGAUGACGGGAAGAAGAGAAAGCGGAAACCAUACAGACCAGGGAUUGGAGGCUUCAUGGUCCGGCAAAGAAAGUGUCACACACGAAUGAGGAGGAGUCUGUCUGCCUCUGGUGAUGCUGUUCCUGAAGGUCAAGCAGCUGAAGCGAAACUUGAGGAAGGACCUCAUCCUGACAUACCUCUUGAUGUACCAGAGGCAAAGACCGCAGAGGGAGAGGGUGAGCAAGCCAAGAAGCGCAGGGGCAGGAAGAAAAGCAAGUUGGAGGACAUGUUUCCUGCAUACCUACAGGAGGCUUUCUUUGGCAAGACAUUGCUCGAUCAGAGUAAGAGAGCUUUUCUGGCUCCUCCAACCCAAAGACAUACGCAGGGCAUUCAGAGACCUCCUCUGCCUGGAAAUGGGGCCAGAAAUACAGCCUCUGAAUCAGUUGAAGCCACUGUCAGGACUGUUCUUCCCAUGGAACUAAAGCAAGAGGGUGAGGGAUCCAAACCUCCAGGUGAUCGGCCAGCAGUAGUGCCUGGAGUAAUUGGGCAACUUUCCAACACAGAACAGAGCUCAGGUGAUGCACAAGGGUCUGGCAUACAGAAGAAUGAAGAUCUCCCUCGGGGACUAGAAAGUCAGGAUUCUGAGCAGUUCUUCCGCAAAGUACUUGGACCUACUGAAGGGAGCUCUGUGAGUGGGCCCCUGCAGCCUAGCAUUAAGCCAGUUCAGGAGAGUGAUCCAAAUCCAAGUGGUUUCCCUCAAAGAAACCUCCUUCCAGGUGCUUCCUUAUCUGGCGCACUCCCCUCAACUGGUAUCAUGGACUCUUUUUCAGGUCUCUCCCAGUCACCCUUUUUUGACAUACGUGAUCGAGGGGGUCUUUUCAGUCCAGACCAGGAUGAGGAAAGUCCAUGGGCAACACCAUCCACUCCAGCCACCCCUUCCACUCCUCCAACUCCUACUGAACAGGAAGGUGAUGGCCUCUCCUACAAUCAGCGCAGUCUGCAGCGUUGGGAGAAGGAUGAGGAGUUGGGAAAUCUAUCUACCAUCUCUCCUGUAUUAUAUGCUAACAUAAACUUCCCUAGUCUGAAACAGGACUACCCUGACUGGGCAAGUCGCUGCAAACAAAUAAUGAAGAUUUGGAGGAAGGUAUCAGCUGCAGACAAGGUUCCUUAUCUGCAAAAGGCCAAAGAUAAUAGGGCUGCUCAGAGAAUAAACAAGGCACAGAAGCAGGCUGAGAGUCAAGUAUGUCGGCCUAUCAAAACUGAGCCUGGCCGUGUUAAAAGCGAGCGCCCUAAUCUGCACCUUCAAAUUCCUCCACCCUCAGGCUCUGUAUCCACUCCCUCCCAGCCAAGCUCUGCUGAGAGUCCUUACCCCCAUGCCCCAGACUCUGCAUCUUCAGCCUUUUUUCCUGAUGGACCCCUCAAGACUCCUUGCUCGGCUGAUUUGCAGACUGACCCAUUUUCUAAACUUCCAUCUCAGUCUCCGCACCUUCAAUCUCAGCCAUCCACCCCAUACUCGCAGCCUUCUUCCAGCCCCUUGCCAGUCUCUUCCUCAGGAUAUCCUAUGCCUGGCUCACAGGGUGCUACUCAGGGACGGCCAGCCAGUUUCGGCUCCCUUGACAUGCAACCAGGGACUCCUCGCCGGGCCCAGCAGGUUGACCCAUUUUUUAGAUCACAACAGCAGAUCCCCAAACCUCAGCAGCCCUCUCAGGAGGCCUUAGGUCCACCUGAGAGUCCUCGGCCUAGGCCUGGUGGGCCUGGAGAUUCUCAGAUGUUUUCACCACCUCAUUCAACCCAUUGUGGCGACCCUUACCGUGGCCAGCAUGGAGCUGCCCGACAAGAUCAUACUUCAUCUCCUUCUCAAUCUGCAAUAGCUUCUUCACCUGGUGGGGUGUGUCCAAAUAGGGCAGAAAUGAAUGCCCCAUCUCCACGUUCGUCCUUUGGCAGACAAGAUCUUAGCUCUGGUUCUCCUGCUAAUUUGGACUCUGGAGAUGGGUUAUUCAAAGCCCCCAUGACACCUCGUAUCCAUCAGGGGGAUGCAGGUGGCUUGUCUGUUUCACACCCUCUGGGUGCCUCUCCUAAUCACCAAACUCCUGAGAGCUACCGCCAAUCUCCCUCCACGUUCUCUGACCCUUACGCCCAGCCUCCUCUCACACCGCGUCCUCAAUCAGGUGAUGGCUCCUCUCCUCUACCCCAAAGGCUUCCUGCGCCUCAGCAGGAAACGUAUUCAAGAUUGCCUUCCAGUCCUCAGUCGCAAGGCAGUUCUCAGUCACCCCUCACACCAGGAGCCAUUUCCAAUGAAAUGCUUUCUGUCCAGUCGCCAGCCACUCCACGCUUCCAAUCACCUGACCCUUACUCCCGCCCACCUUCACGACCUCAGUCCAGAGAUCCCUUUGCCUCACUGCAUAAACCUCCUCGCCCAUCUUCUGUAGCACCAGAAGGUAACUCCCCCUUUAGAGGUUCACCUCAUCCUAGCCAGCAACCUCCCUGUUCACCCUCAGUCGCAGAUCCACUUUCUGGAAAACCCUCUGCUUUCAGCUGCAGUCCUGGUGUAGGGCUUCAAAUGGGUCAGCAACAAAUAGUUGGCCAGCAGCAGAUGAUGACUUCUCAGCAAGCUCAGGUCCAUCUCCAGCAGCCACAAUCCCAGAAGCAACCAAUGGGUGCUGAUUUUAACUCAAGAAUAGCACUUCAACCUGGAAACCAAGAAACAACUAUUCGGCCAACAGAUGCUCCACAUUUACCCAACAUCCCAGGGACGCAGGAUAUGUCAGACCUGUCAGCUGGACAGGAUCCAGCUCUCAUGAGCCUUAGUCCAUCCGAGUUAGAAAAGCACAGACAGAGGCAGCGAUUAAGAGAGUUUUUGAUAAGACAAAAAAUGCAGAGAAACUCACUUCGCCAAGAGAAGGAAGCCCCUGUGGUGAGUAAUCCUGCUCAGAAUUGGCCAAGCGGGGAAAUGCUGGCCUUUCAGCAAGAUAAAAGCCAGCGAGCACCACCUCCUUACCCUCAGGAUCGAGCUGUUGUUGCUCAGGCAGCCCUUAGCAGCAGGAUGCCUCUGCCAAUGGGAGCAAUGGAUGAAAAGCUUUGCCGCCCACCUCCUCCUGGGACACCAGCAACUAUGGAGCCCAGUUCAUUAAGGCAAGCUGGGCCCAAUAUUUCUCAGGGGAUGUAUCCUCGUCCAUUAUUUCAUGCACAGUGGCAAAACCAAGGUGCUCCACGGCGGUUCCCGCAACCAUCUAUGAUCGAAGCCGUUCCCAGGCAGCACCUUAAUACUCCCAUCAACAAUUCUCUCAACAUGCAGUCCAUGCAGAAUAUCCCUAAUCCUUUGACAGGGGUCACAGGCACUGGUGCAGAAACUGUACAAAGCCAUGUGUCGGGAGCACCACCUCAGUUUAUAGAGUUGAGGCAUAAUUCCCAGAGGAUGCCACUGGGUCCUCAGUUUAUGCAAAGGGCACCUUUACCCAGACAACGCAUGUUUCUUCCACAGCAGGAAAUGAAUGCUCCUUUUGUUCAGCAGAACUUACCCCCAUCUGUCAAUGCUUCAGCGGAGGGGAUGCGUGAUCCCAGACUUGGGUUACAGCAGGGUGGUAUGGACUUAUUAAUGCAACAACAAAGCAAUGUACCUCCUCCUCAGUCUCAGCUACAGCCGCAGCAGGUGCCAACUACUACACCUAAAACGCCCAUUUCUCACACUACUACUCAACAGCUUCAACCUCAAACAAGUACAAUAAGAGGUCAACAGACUGUUGUGAAUCCAGUUGACCUACCUGAGUCUGACCUAGAGGAUCCCUUUGCUUCCAAAGGGCUGGGUGAUACAGUGGCAGAAACCGGAGUGGAGGAUGAUGAUCUUGCUACUCUUGACCUUGAUCCUGAUAAAGGCGAUGAUGAUUUGGGAAACCUCGACAAUCUUGAGACCAAUGAUCCUCAUUUGGAUGAUCUGCUCAACAGUGAUGAAUUUGAUUUGCUGGCAUACACUGACCCUGAGCUUGAUCAGGGUGAUCCCAAAGAUGUUUUUUCUGACCAGUUGCGACUUGUGGAAGCAGAGGGGGAAGGACCAGGGUCUUCUGCUAAUGUAGAAAUCAAGGUUGAAGAGAAACCAAGAGUCGAUUUAGCUUGUCAGGUCACGCACACAACUGCCACUCAACCACCCUUAAAGACUGAGAGUUCAUCUGCUACCAAUACUCCAAAAGUAGAGUCCUCUGAUGCCAUUAGACUGUCCUCUGUAAAACUUGAAGGGAAGGGAUUGGUUGAACAACCACAGUCAGGACAAGCUUCGGUUAAAGAUGACCUCAGUGAAACAGUGUCGGUUUUGCUCAGUGGAACAAAAGCCUCUAAUCAAUCAGAGACCACAACUGCUUCUUUGAACACUGUCCGUUUGGGUGGUAUACCUUUUCCUCUUCCCAGCCAAGCAGAUACACUGUCCUUUCCACCAACUGCACCACAUCCAGACCUGGGAAAUGAUCCACUUGGGUUGCCAGAUUCUGGCCACCACUCCACAGCAGAAGAUCUAGACAAAGUAGAAAGCUCUCUGGAAGCUAGUGAACUACCUUUAUUAAUACAAGAUCUUUUGGAGCAUGAAAAGAAGGAGCUUCAGAAACAACAGCAGCAGCAGCAUUUAAGUGCUCUGCAGGGAGGGAUUGGUAGUCAACUUCACAGCAUUCAGAAUCAGCAACAGCCUCUUCAGGGGCCAAAUCAAAUUAUGAUGCCACAGCACCACCAUCCAUCCCAGGGCAUUGUGCCUCAAGCAGGUAUGGUGCCUAGGCCACCUCAUGUGUUACCACAACAGCAGCAGAGGUUAAUUGGUGCUGCAAUUCCUUCACCUCCCCAUGCAACAAUAGGACAGCAGCAAGGAAUUUUACGAGGUGGACAGCCUGGCAGAAUUCAUCCUGGUAUUACUCCUCAGCAACAGACGGCACCACCUCCACAUAUUGUUAAACAGCAGAAUAUGGCCAGCAACUUUUUCCCAGAUAAAGAGCUGGAUAAAUUCAUGACAGAUGACAUAAUGGAUCCUAUUGCGAAGGCUAAAAUGGUUGCGCUGAAAGGAAUUAAGAGGGUGUUGGCUCAAGAUCCAAUAGGUGUACCACCUGGAAUGAAUAGGCAGCAAGUAUCUCUUUUGGCUCAGAGGUUAACUUCAGCCCCUGGAAAUGAGGAUUCCCAGGCUCAGCUUGCACCUGUGUCUUCCAAGGAUGGAGAAGGCAGCAACCAGGUUCAAACAAGACCGAAUCCUCCACAAUUUGGCAUCAUUAAUGAUGCUGAGCAGCACCAAUAUGAAGAAUGGCUCGUGCACACACAGCAGUUGUUGCAAAUGCAGUUAAAGUUCUUAGAAGAGCAAAUUGGAACACAUCGCAAAUCCCGUAAAGCUCUGUGUGCCAAGCAGCGCACUGCAAAGAAAGCUGGGCGUGAAUUUGCAGAAGCAGAUGCUGAAAAGCUCAAACUGGUCACUGAGGAGCAGAGUAAGAUCCAGAAGCAAUUGGACCAGGUACGUAAGCAGCAGAAGGAGCACACCAAUCUUAUUGCAGAGUACCGGAGUAAGCAACAGCAGCAUCAGCAAGGGUCCUCCAUGCUAGCUCCAGGGCCUUCUACACAGGCGCCACACAUGCUUUCCAAAAUGCCUGGACAAAUGAUGAUUGGUCAACCACCUGGAGGGAUGCCUCAAGCAGGGAUGGCUCAAGGAGGUAUGCCAAUUAGAAUGCCACAAAUGCAGCCCUUUAGUGGAGCCCAGCCUCCCACUCUCCCACUUGCAGCUGGCGCUGUGCAACCAGUUCCACCUCCUGGUUUUUUUCCACAAGGCCCUGGAGCACAAGGACCAGAUCCAAGAGUUCUACAGGAGCGACAGUUACAGCAUAGAAUGCAAAUGGUCCAAAAAAUGCAACAGCAGCAGCAGCAGCAGCAACAACAACAACAGUUGAUGAUGGGGCAGCAGCCUAUGUCACAUCAACCUCAGCAGCCCGGUGUAAUUAACCAGCAGCCUGGAGCUAUAGGAAACCAGCCAGCCCAAGUUUUGAUGGGCAACAUGGGGCAGCAGCAACCAAACUUACAACAAGGAUUAAUUAACCAACAAAAUCGUCAGGGAUUAAUGCAGACUCCACCAGGAAUGAUUGGACAGACACAACAUAAUGUCAUGGGCCAGCAAAUGACCCAAACUACAAAUAUGUUGGCAGGCCAACCACAGGGUAUGGUUGGUAAUCAACAAAUUGUUCAGCAGCUUCAGAGACCUCAAGGUUUGAUGGAUCAGCAUGUUGCCAGGGGGCCACCAGCCCAGCUCACACCUCAACAACAGACCGUAAUGGCUCAGCGUAUGCUCCUGUCGCAGCAGCAGCAGAAUGCUGCGAAAAACCUUGCUCAACUUCAACAGCAACACAUCUCACAAUUGAAACAACAGACACAGGCUGGUCCCUCUGAGCCACAAAGAGCUUUAGAAACUCCACCAUCAGGGAGUACCCAAGGAGUUGCCGAGAGUUUGCAACAAGGUGUCCAAGAUCUUCAGAAUCCUGCCCAAAAAGAUGGAGGACUACUUAGUCCGAAAACACCCCCCCAACAGGGAGGACCUUCUACACCACUACAGAUGCAACAACAGGGAUCUAGUGGAGAGCAGCAUUGUGUUGUUGGACAGCCACAGCAGCCACAUGCUUUUCUGGCUCAACAACCGACCACGCAGCCUCAACAAAACCAGAACAUUGGAGUUGCUGAACAACAUGGUUUUGUUGGCAACCAACAGGCUGGAACACAUCUUAAAGUACAACCACAGCAACAACAGAUGCAACUUGGUCUUCAGACCCAGAACACCAUACAAAUAAAACAGGAAGAUCAGCAAAUGUGCUUUAUGGCCCAACAGCAAGCUGGUCAGGUUGCUGCACAACAACCACAAGAUGUGCUUGUCCAAAAUAGUGGUCAGACGCAAACUUCAAUGACUGGCAUUGCAAAUCAACAGCAGCAAGGUUUAUUGACUCAACAGAUGGCCAUUCCUAGAGGCCAGCAGAUGAUGAUGACUCCAAGGCCUGGUGCUUCUGCAGGGCAAAUACGUGCACCUAUAAAUAUUCAGGCCUUCAUUGCACAGAAUCCCCAACUGCGUCACCUAACUCCUAGCCAACAGUUGCAGCAAAUUCAGGCAAUGAUUGCCCAGCGACAGCUACAACAAGGCCAGAUGCUAAGAAUGCAGGGUCAGCUGCAGGGACAAAUGCGUCCCCAGGUCCCGCAGGGGCCACCAGUUGGUCAACGGCAUCCAGGUCUUGAAAUCCAACAACAGCAGCAUCGCUUUGGAUUGGCAGGAAAACACGGUCCAGUUGGCCCUCAACAGCAAUCGGGUGCAAUGGGACAACCAUCUGGUAUGGCUACACAGUUUCAUCAAGGUGUUGCAGGGACUAUGCAACAGCCUUCUCAAGGACCCUUGCCUCAAUACAUCAAUAGUGCCCAGCAGCAGCAGCAGAUGUUACAACAGCAACAACUACAUCAUCAGAUGAUGAGAGGUCAAGUUCCCAGGCCAGUACUAGGUCAGGUUCGUGCCACAGCACCUGGACAUAUGGCUAGACCAAUGUCUCCUCGCCAGUUAGUUGGUCAGGGUUCUCCUGGAAGCCCGCUUUCUAAUCAGCAAAGGAUUAUGAGAAUGUCUCAGACUCCACCAGGACCCCAACAUCUACAGCAACAACAGUCUCAUGUAGCGACUGCACUGAGCCCCUUUCGAGCAUCUCCCUCUCAUGCAGGUUCUCCUGCAGGGUCCACUGUUCCAGAAGCUGGUUCAAGCCCAGCAUCUAUAAAUAAACCUGAGACAGGCAACCUGUCGCUCUCCAGUCACUUGUCAUCACCUUCUAGACCAGAUGGUAUUGUAGGAAAGGGUAGUCCCUUUAGCCAGACAGGGGGAUCAAUCGCUUCACCUCUGAGAUCUCCAACUACGAAGACUCAGAGUCCCAAUACUGAAGCUCUUUCUGCUCCUUUUCCACUUAAUGGUCCAUCUCCUCAGUCAGCACCCAACCCACACCAAACACCAAAUGCUACACAAGUAUCUGAGGGUCAUAUGUCUCAGCCAACUCCAGUACCCAAUGAAAUGUGCAAAAUAAUGCUGCAAAACAUCAAACAAGAACCACGUGAAGUCCAAUGUGACACAGGAGAUAGUGUACAGGCCCUUUCUGAUGGCAUAAAGAGAGAAAUUUCUGGAGAGACCAUCAGUGCCACUGCUAUUUCGAACUCUGCUCUGGGCUCUAGAACUCAAGCAGGAGAUCUUGGAUCCCAAAUUCAAAGGACAGAGACUGGUCAACAGUUGUUACAGAAACUCCUUAGAACCAAAAACUUACAACUGGCAUCUCAGAGGCCCUCAGAUGGUAUUCAUAAUGAGAUAAAUGGACACAUCAAUAGCAAGCUAGCAAUGCUUGAGCAAAAGCUUCAAGGAACUCCACGUAACAUGGAGGAUCUGCAGUCACUCACAAAGAGAACUCCAAUAGUCAAGGCCAAACGUACUACAAAAGCUGGAGAGCGUGGGCCAAACUCUAGAAAGAAAACCAAGAAAGAAGAAGUUGGAAAAACUGAGGCAAUAAUGAAGCAGCUGAAACAAGGACUUUCUCUUCUUCCUUUGAUGGAGCCCUCCAUUACUGCUAGUCUGGAUUUGUUUGCUCCCUUUGGCAGCAGCCCAGCCAAUGCCAAGACCCAGUUGAAAGGCUCAUUUGGAAAUGCUAUGCUAGAAAAUAUUCCAGACUACUAUUCCCAGCUUCUUACAAAGAACAACCUCAGCAAUCCUCCAACACCACCAUCAUCACUUCCCCCAACUCCACCACCUUCGGUGCAGCACAAACUUCUAAAUGGAGUGACACCUGUAGAGGAACUAUCAGAAGGUCAAAAAGGGACAGAGACGUCAGAAGAUACCAUGAGUUCUGUUCCAGAGGAAGUAAAGAGUGUAGACAUACUAGCAGCUCUCCCCACUCCACCUCACAACCAAAACGAAGAUAUACGGAUGGAGAGCGAUGAUGACAGUGAUGCUCCAGAUAGUAUUGUCCCUGCAUCCUCACCUGAAAGCCAGCUAGGUGAUGAGACAACACGCUUCCCCCAUUUAUUGGAUCCUAAAGAGGAGGAGGAUGAGAGGGCCAUCUCUCCUGUUAUCCCCAUUAUUGCUCGUUCUGCCAUCCCCAGUUUCUCAGAGACAAAACCAUUUGAGUCAGUGGAUGGAAAAGUUGUUGCUUCAUCCAGCCAGUGGGACAAAACUAAAAGCAAUGAAGUAUCUGUAACCUUCAUGCUUUCAUCAGCUGCUGCAAAGAAUCUCAACACAGUGAUGUUGGCUGUUGCCCAACUGCUGCACAUACGCAUGCCAAGUUCUUACGAGGUGGCUUUUCCCCAGAGUCCUGGUAGAGCAGGUGUUGGACCUGGGAAAGUACCCGACUCCUCCAACCCAGCUAUGAAGACAGACCCUUCUGCAAGCCAUGAUGCAGAGUGGCUUAGGCAGUUUGAUGUUUCCCUCCCAGGAUGUACUCUGAAGAAACAAGUCGAUAUUCUAGCUCUUAUUAAACAGGAAUGCCAAGAUCAAGAAGAUAGACCUGCUCAGCACUGUUACAUGACAAAUGUUUCAGAUCUGGAUGUGCGCCACCUGCCUGUUAUUCCUGUUGAGGUAUCUCCACCUCCAUCACCAUCCCCACCUCCACCACCACCACCACCACCACCUUCUGCUGAAGCUGAGCCAGAAAACAUCACUCAACCUGAGCCCAAGCCUGAACCGGAUGCACCUGUUCAGACUACAUCAUCCCCUUCCGCAAGCCCGAGUAAUCCUGUCAAAACUGACCCUAUAGUUAAACUGGAGGCUCACAGCUCCCCUGUUACCAUGGAGACUGAAUCUCAGGAGCCAGUGGUUCUACCCCUAGCUACUCCAUCAGAAGAACAACCUUCUGCUCCAGCCAUUUCUCCUCCUCUAGACUCCCCCACAAUUGAGAUGUCCCUCAAACCUAUUAAACACCGUAGCAGGACUCUUUCUGAUGAAGAAGAAGAACGACCUAAGGUCAAAAAAUGGAAGGGUCUGCGCUGGAAGCGUCUCCAGAUAGUCAUCACUAUUCGCAAGGGUGGGUCUAAGAAAGAGAACAGCCGUGAAGUUUCUGAGCUUAUGGAGCGCCUCCGCAUUACCCUAAAACCAGACAAGCUGCCCAGAGACAAGCGCAAGUGCUGUUUCUGCCACGAGGAAGGAGAUGGUGCCACAGAUGGCCCUGCACGUCUGCUUAACAUCGAUGUCGAUCUCUGGGUGCAUCUUAACUGUGCUCUGUGGUCCACUGAGGUGUAUGAGACCCAGGGCGGAGCACUUAUUAAUGUGGAGGUUGCUCUUAGGCGUGGACUGCGCACCCGCUGUGCCUACUGUCAGAAGACAGGUGCUACUAGCAGCUGCAACCGUUUGCGCUGCCCGAAUGUUUAUCAUUUUGCCUGUGCCAUUCGGGCACGUUGCAUGUUUUUCAAAGACAAAACGAUGCUUUGCACCCAGCACAAGCUUAAAGGGCCCAGUGAAGAGGAGCUCAGCAGCUUUGCUGUUUUUCGACGCGUCUACAUUGAGCGAGAUGAGGUGAAGCAGAUUGCAAGCAUCCUGCAACGUGGUGACCGCAUUCACUUGUUCCGUGUUGGCGGGCUCAUCUUCCAUGCUGUGGGCCAGCUCUUGCCCUCUCAGAUGGCUGUGUUUCACUCACACACUGCUAUAUUUCCAGUGGGCUAUGAGGCCACACGAAUUUACUGGAGCACUCGUGUGCCAAACCGCAGAUGUCGCUACCGUUGUCGCAUCAGUGAGCAGGAUGGCAGGCCUCUGUUUGAAGCGCGUGUCCUAGAGCACGGGUAUGAAGACCUACACUACCGAGACACCACACCAGAUGGCAUCUGGUCCAAGAUUGUACAACAGGUUGGCAAGCUGCGUGAUGAAGCAGCCAUGCUGAAACUCUUCACAGAGCAUGUCAAGGGAGAAGAGAUGUAUGGACUCACUGUCCAUGCUGUGAUGCGAAUCACUGAAUCGCUUCCUGGUGUGGAAAACUGUCAGAAUUAUACGUUCCGAUAUGGCCGCCACCCUCUCAUGGAGCUUCCCCUCAUGAUAAAUCCUACAGGCUGUGCACGAUCUGAACCCAAAAUUCUCACCCACUGCAAACGGCCUCAUACUCUGAACAGCACGAGUAUGUCCAAAGCCUAUCAAAGCACAUUUACAGGGGAAAUUAACACCCCGUACAGCAAGCAGUUUGUCCACUCCAAAUCUUCUCAAUACCGUCGUCUGAAGACCGAGUGGAAAAACAAUGUGUACCUGGCCCGUUCUCGCAUUCAAGGACUGGGUCUCUACGCUGCUAAAGACCUUGAAAAACACACCAUGGUCAUAGAGUACAUUGGCACCAUCAUACGCAACGAGGUUGCGAAUCGCAGAGAGAAGAUUUACGAGGAGCAGAACCGCGGGAUCUACAUGUUUCGCAUCAAUAACGAGCAUGUGAUUGAUGCCACCUUAACUGGCGGUCCUGCCCGUUAUGUCAAUCAUUCUUGUGCACCCAACUGUGUCGCGGAAGUUGUGACAUUUGAUAAAGAGGACAAGAUCAUCAUCAUUUCUAGUCGCAGGAUCCCGAAGGGUGAAGAGCUGACGUAUGACUAUCAGUUUGACUUCGAGGAUGAUCAGCACAAGAUCCCCUGCCAUUGUGGAGCCUGGAAUUGCAGAAAGUGGAUGAACUAACAGGGACAGAGGAGGAGUCCGACCCGUCUUUGCUCCCUGGUGCCAGAACACUCCUGCGCCAAAGCCUGUUAUAUUCUUACUAUCCAGUUAAUAAGCUGCUCUGAAUCGAGGAAGGAAAGUUCACUCUCAGUCACCCGAAAGACAAGACUUUGUUAUUCACAACAAGAGCCAAAGCUUUUGAAGAGUAAACUUUUGAAGACGCAACCUUUUACAGAUGAGCUUGAAGGUAUUGGACCUGCUUGAAUCUUCAUGUCGAUUAAAAAAAUUCACCUCUGCCAAAAGCACUUCCACUGUUUCCUCCUACAAUAAGCUGACUCUGGCUACAACUGAUCCCUUUGACAUCUACCAAAACAACUGAAGCUAUAGCAUAUCAAUACACUUAGAACUAGCACUCAGUGAAGAUGUUUGAUUAAAGCCAUGUAAGUUCUCAAAAAUGAACUAGUACAAUUUAGCUUGGACCUAUCCUUUCCGCUACCAUCCUUUCCAUCACCCCAGACGAACGCUCUCCCAUCAAAUCAUCAACGAAAAUCGUGGACCUUGGCAAGACAAUCCUGGAGUGGCUCUGCUUAGAACUGUGAUGAGAUACUAUUGACCUGUGGCUCGAGAGGCACGAGAUAGUUUUAUUAUAUUGAUUUAAAAGGUGGGUUUAUUUCACCCAGUCUACCUCAUUGAGUUUGUGGGACGUCACUGCUUUGUAUUAAACUGUUAAAGUGCUACUGUGGAAAGGGGAAGGCAGGAAUGUGUCCAUGGCAAUUGCCUUCUCGGGUAAGCAGGGAAACUUAAGCAGCAGGUUUGCUCCUCUCUAUAUUUUGCUUUCGGAUGAUUACAAUAGUGAGCCAGUGCAACUCUUUUUGAUUUGAUUACACAAAUGAGAUACAGUAUAUGACUUACAAUAUGAUGAUGCAUUACUUAGAGCAAUCAAAACUCAAACGGGUGUCUCGCAGGCCACCUUUUCCCGAUUGUAGAUAUCAUGUAGCUGCGUCGGAACGUGCAGAUCAUGUUUUUAGUGUUGAAGCGCUCAUCAGGAUCCUCUCACAUUCUUAACGAUGGAGCAAAUAAUGAGAAAGGGCCACAGUGCAGAUCCACGUUGAUGCAAUUUGAAAGAUUAUAGGGCAAAUAAAACUAGUGAUGCAAGACUGCCACUGCAUUUUCCCAUCUUGAAUCCUUACAUCCUGCCUUCAUUAGAUCUCCAUUCGGAUCUCAUCACUCCAACCAGGACCCUUAGGUGUGUAAGCCUCUUCCCUUCUGUGAUAGUGGACUGUUGUAAACUUACUGUAGUGAGUCUUUCUCUGCCUGCUGACGGCCGGUUGUAUCUAAUCUAUGUAUCGUGGUUUGAUAGUGGUAGCACAGUCUACAGGCUGGACGCAGUGACGGAGGAAGACUUAAAAAGGGCAUUUCUAUUUUCUUUUAUAUUAAAGUAAUUUAAAAGUUAAAAACAGUUAAAUUUCAAAGAAGGGAGUUGAACAAAGUCUCCACAUAGCCCAUGCUACUUUGUUCCUUUCUCCCCUGACGUAUGACCUCACGUUAAGAAUAAAUGCAAAAUGUAUAAACUGUACAUAAUAGGGGUCUAAACUCUUUAUCCAGCCCCUUUUUAAUCAAAUUCAAAAUUGUAGAGAAAUAAAAAUCAUGAAAAAAAGCAACCACUGGAUAUCAUUUUAUCAGAAAACUAAAUGUGUAUAUAUCUAUAAAUAUAUGUAAAAUGGCAAACUAAGUAAUAUCUUUAUGUAUAUGAACCAGAGUGUUUUUGCAUUUAACUUUUUUUUUCUAUCUGUUUUUUUUUUUUCCUACAAGACCAUAUACAUAUUAAAAGGUGUGAUGUUUCUCUUGUCUUCACCAAUGAAAUUUGGAAGAGUGGUUGCGGUGAAUGAGACAAACGUUUAAGAUGGGAUUCAUGCAAAGUUCUUUAUUGAAAUAGAUUUUUUUUUUUUAAAGAAACAGCAGUAAAAUGGUGCAUAGCAUUUGUGUAUUUAUGUAAUAUUGUUCACGUAUAUUUCUUUUAUUUAUGCUACUGCUUGUGAAUUACUGAUCCCUGUCCUUGACUCAGUGACAGUUUAAUUAGUAUAUUCAGUAAAUGGAAAAUCUUGAAGCUCCCAAGAUGAUACUGUUUUUGAUUCGUGUCCUAUUGUUUUCCCCCCGUAGAAGUGAAUGUUUUAUGACUUCUGAAAAGGCUGCAUAGUUGAGAAAGGUAUGACUUCAUUAAUCGAAAAUAUCUCCAUUAAUUACAUGUGAAUUGCACUCAGCAUUUUUUUUUUUUUUAUUUAUACAUCCUCCGAACUAGCAUUGGUUCUUUUAAGGGUAGUCUGGUAUUAAAGACGCUCACUGGAUUUUAGCCUGAGUAACUCUUGCCACCCCUCCCCCUUUUGUUCUUUUGAAAUCUCUUAAUUUAAGCUCUAUACACGUUGUAAUUAAUUAAAUAAAUAGAUCCUGAUUUUGGUUUUCAACCUGAUCUACUUUCUAAAAAAGAUGCUGCAACUGUACAGCAGAGCUACUUUUAGGGAUGAUGAAUAAAAUGGUAAUUUUUAUUGUAUGUGGCAUGUUUUGUAUGGAUAUAAUUUUGAAUUGUACAUAUUUUUUGACGUCAGAGGUUGCAUCUCUUUAUAUACAGCUGUCCCCUUCCCUCCCAGCCCUCCAUUUAUUUCUUUGUCUCUGCUUUAUUUCUUGUAAAGAAAAAUAAAAUGCAUUUUAAAUAUAAA